AUGGAUGCAGCUCCUAGAAGAAUUGUGGCAUUUACUGUCAAAGGUAUGACAUGUAGUGCAUGUGUAAACGGUAUCAUUAAACAGGUUGGUUCCAUAGAUGGUGUGGAUGAUGUUAAAGUAUCGUUGAUGACAGCAACGUCUCAUAUUAUAUAUAACCCAAUUCUUUCUAAUGUCAAUGAAUUGCAGGAAACAAUAGAAGAUUGUGGUUUUGAUGUACUACUGAUUUCAGAUUCGGAAUAUCAUAUGAUGGAUCAAAAGGGUACAAAAUUAGUAUCGGGUAAACUGAAAUUAUUCUUACUAUCAUCAUGUCCCUCUACACCCCUAUCUAAAAAAUCUUUUGAUUUUUUAAAUAUUUCAGUUGAAAACAUUCAAAUGAUUUCUCAAAAUGAGUACACUCUAUCCUUUAAAUAUGAUCCUUAUCAGACUGGUAUGCGUGAUAUUAUUUUCAAGAUAAAUCAAGAAUUGGACCUCGAGUCAGUAGUGAAUACAGCUGAAGAGUUAGGUAAUAAUUUCUCUCAAUUGACUAAACAGGAUGAAAUUAUUUUUUGGAAGACAAAUUGUUGUAAAUCUUGCAUCGCUGCAAUGGUGUCAAUGGCAUUGUAUAUGGGUGUUCCGAUGUUUAUACCGUCUAUUAUCGAAUCGAAAGUAUUUCCAUAUAAAGAAGUCCCCAUAGUAAAAGGGUUUUUCUACAGAGAUUUAAUUGGACUUGUCUUAGCUACAUAUGUUCAGUAUGUUAUCGGAAGUUAUUUCUAUAUAUCUACUUGGAACUCGUUGAAAAACAACCAUAGUACUAUGGACACAUUGAUAUGUCUAUCAACAUCGGUCGCCUACAUUGUGUCACUUGUGUCAAUUAUUCAUAAUAUGAUUAUUGAAAAUUCCACGAAUUUACCUAAUGUUAUUUUUGAUACAUCGAUAAUGUUAUUCACUUUUAUUUCAUUGGGUAAAAUGUUAGAAAAUAGAGCUAAAUCAAGGACUACUACUGCAUUGACUAAAUUGCUUCAAUUAUAUCCAUCCUCAUGUUUGUUGGUGGAACAUUAUGGUACAGCUGAUCAAUCUGUAACUCAGAUACCAAAAGAUCUUUUGCAAAUUAAUGAUAUUGUAGAGGUUAAGGCAGGUAUGAAAAUUCCUUCAGAUGGGGUGGUUAUUUCUGGUAUUACUCAGAUUGAUGAAUCAUUGAUGACUGGAGAAUCCUCUUUAAUCAAGAAAUCAAUGGAUGAUGAGGUCAUUGGUGGUACAAUCAAUGGUCCAGGGCAUAUCUUUAUUCGUAUUACAUCUAUUGGUGAACAUACAAAGUUGUCUCAAAUUAUCAAUAUUAUGAAAAGGGCACAGAUGACCAAAGCACCAAUUGAAACAGUAGCAGAUUUUGUGGCUUCGAUCUUUGUACCUAUUUUACUCACUAUGGCAUUGUUAUCCUUUAUCUUUUGGAUCAUAAUAUCAAAAUAUUUAACAAAUUGGGAUUACUUUUCUCAUGAUAGAAUUUAUUCAUGUAUUAAAUUGGCUACAUCUGUGAUUGUUGUGGCCUGCCCUUGUGCAAUCGGUUUAGCUACUCCAACAGCAAUUAUGAUAGGUACUGGCAUUGGAGCAGAGAAUGGGAUUUUAAUUAAAAGUGCUGAAGUCAUUGAGUUAUUGGGACAUAAUACUAAGCACGAAGAUAUAGUGUUUGUCUUUGAUAAGACAGGUACGUUAACUAUGGGUAAAUUAUUUGUUAAAAAUUUUAUAUUAGAUAGUGAAAGUGAAAUUGAUAUAGAUAAUUUACUUCGUAUAAUUAUAGACUUAGAAUUAAACACUGAACAUCCAAUCACUAGACCCAUUAUUGAAUAUUGUCAAAAACAAAUAGAUUCUAAAGAAUUGGAUUUGAAGAGAUAUGAAAUAACUGAAUAUAAAAACAUGAUAGGGCUGGGUAUAUCUGCUUUAAUUAAAGAUAAUUCCAAUGGGACUAAAAUGGGACUAUCUAUAGGUGGUACUGGAUUAAUGAGGCAGCUAAAAGUAUCUAAUUUAGAAAGUUAUGAAUUGAAAAAUGAGCAUGGAUACACAAUUGCCUUUGUUUGUGUUAAUAAUAGGAUUAUCUGUCAUUUUGAAUUGUUAGAUAUGAUUAAAGAAGAUGCAGCAGAUACGAUUUAUUGGUUAAGGAUGAAUAAUUAUCCUGUUUAUAUGAUUACUGGUGAUAAUCAUAGUUGUGCUCUCUCAGUAGCAUUACAAACAAAUAUUGAUUGCAAAAAUGUGUUUAGUUCGAUUCUACCAUCAGGAAAAUGUGAUAUUGUGGAACAAUUGCAAGAAAAUGGAACUAAGAAGAUCGUGUUUAUUGGUGAUGGUAUCAAUGAUUCGCCAGCUUUGGUUAAAAGUGACUUAGGAAUUUCACUAUCUACUGGUACAGAAGUAGCUAUUGAGGCUGCUGAUAUUGUUAUAUUAAGUAAUGAUUCUCAAGUUGGCUCGGACAGAUAUUUAUUAAGAAAAUUGAUUUAUGCAAUUGAUAUUUGUGACAAAACUUUUAAGAGAGUGAAACUAAAUUUAUUUUGGGCAUUAUUUUAUAAUAUGUUUAUGAUUCCAGUGGCUAUGGGUGUUUUGUUGCCAUGGGGUAUAUACUUGCAUCCAAUGGUUGCAGGGUUAGCUAUGACAUUAAGUUCAAUUAGUGUAGUAUUAAGUUCACUACAACUAAAGUUUUGGAAGGCACCUUAUGUUGAAAUACAAUCAAUUAAAAAUAGAAGUUUACCAAUAUUUAGUUGGUUUCAAAACAUUAGAGAUAGAUAUAAUAAUCGAUAUUCUUCUAUUACAAGCAGCGAAGACAUUCAACUGAUAGAGGUAUAA